AUGUCGGGAAAAAGGAAGAGAGCAGAAGACACUGCUGCAGCUGGAGUCGCCAGCGGCAAGCCACUCACUGCGAUUGCGGCAGCUCGACUGAGAACGGAAGCCGCAGCUAAAGUCGUAAACACACCUGAAGUCACGCUUGAGCAAAUUCCUGUACCAGCAAGUCCAUUGCUUCAAGAUGGAAAAUCAGGCCAGGAAGAUUCGGAUGAAGAGGAACAGCGCGUUCCUGUACAGCGAAAUCUCAAACUUUGCAACUGGCGCAACGAACCCCAAAACAUACUUUCAGACACCGACGCUGAACUUACUAUCAAUCUGAACAAACACGCGACAAUCACAUUGGUCGGCUGUUUUGACUUGGUGGUGUUGAGAGGCGCCGUCAACAUCAAUGGUGCCAAUAUUGGAACAGUCAGUCGUGAUGGCCAGAAGAACCAGGUUCAUCGAGCAUCUGUACCAGUCACGCAUCCUAUAUCCAAAAUCCGUGGACUAGAUGGUACAAACCACAUAAGAUUCAAGACUUGCAAGAUACCUGCACCGCUGGCGCAUAUUAGCCCAGUGUUUGACGGUAUUUGGAACGAUGUGAAUGAUCGAUCGUUCCGCAUUGUGACCAACUCAGAUGCGGAUACGCUUUCUCGACCAUUACGUCCUGAAGUGACGCCCGAAGACUGGCUUCGUGCGAUCGAGGACUGCGCCAGCAAUCCUUCUAUUACCGUUGUAACUGGAACACCCAGCUCAGGCAAAUCGACCUUUGCUAGGCGGCUUGUGAAUCGUUCCCUUACAGGACUGGGCAAGACCGCUCCAUCUGUACCAGCCGUAUGUUGGAUGGAUCUUGAUCCGCAAAAACAAGAGUACGUACCCGGAGGUCAAGUAUCUCUCGUCGUGGUGAGAGAUUUGAAUUUGGGCCCAAGUUUCACACGUCCCUCCGUUGUACCAGAACAAAGAGAAACGACCAGGAAUGAGGUUAUCCGCGCACAUCCAGUUCCUACGAAUUUCGCCAAUUAUGCAGACUAUUACCAAUCUUGUGUUGAGGAUCUCUUUCUGGCAUACAGGAAUCUUUCUUCUCGAGAUCCGUCUUUACCAUUAGUUGUCGACAUACCUAGCUUCCUCUACUCCUCACAUUUCGACCUACUGAACAAGCUGCUGGCGAGGAUCAAACCGCAUAAUGUCGUACACCUCAGCGAUACACGAGCCAUCGACACUGAAACAGCGGCAAGGCUGCAUUUGCUCCAAACAUCAACGUCGCAAUACCACGGCACAGUCUAUGAGAUCACAGCGCAACAGCCUCAGUCAAUCCCUGUAAGGUCGGAGAACGAAUUGAGCGCUAUGCAGAUGCAAUCCUACUUCCAUCUCAAAUCGAGCAGUACGAGCCAGGGUCAGCCUCAAGUACUUAGCUGGACGCUAGACCCUCUUUCACAGCUAGUACCCUGGGAAUUUUGUUACGAAGAAACCCUCGAGCGAGAACAGGAUGUAGUUGCUUUCGCAAUGUAUUCCGAGCCAGUCGAGCCAUCCUCAUUGCUGCAUGCAUUGAAUGGGUCCAUCGUUCAAAUCAUCCAAUCUACAUCAUCUGCUGUUCCUACUUCCGAUGGCUCGCUUCCCAGGACACAGAAACUUGGGAUUCCAUAUCUUCCAGAGUCUGAGCGCACAGGCAUGGUACAGCCACUGGAUCCUCGAACAACAAGACUGGUUUGCACAGCAAUGAUUCGAGGCUUCAAUCCCGAGAAGAAGAUAGUGGAAGUUUUGGUACCAAAGACCCACGAGUCGUUGUUGUACAAUCUGUCGCCCGAAAGGACCAUCUUUGUCGGCGGGUGCUGCGACGUGCCCGAGUGGGCAUUCUUGGAGGACGCAUGUGCUCAGGAAGAGGCGGUGAAAGCGAAAACGACUGUCGGUGAUGUACCCGUUUGGGUUGAAAAGGAGGACGUUGUAGAUGGCAUGGGAUAUCUUAGCACAGUACGCAGAGUGAGGAAGUUCCAGACCUAG